AUCUAAGGUGAUCGCAAAUUACAGCCAUCAUAUGUUGCAUAAAAUCAAGAGCAUAUAUCUUUCCUAAAUUAGUUUCUUGUAAUUCUCAUAUAAUAAUACUUGUAUUCUAUCUUGUUAACAAGAGGAAGAAAUAAUAGAAAAUGUCUGGGUUUAGAGACAAAGCAAAGAACUUUGUUGUCGAGAAGAUCGCAGAUAUACCAAAACCAAAAGCAAGCAUUGAAGAUGUGGGUUUUAAGAAAGUUGGCAGGGAUGGUGUCACCUACAACGCUAUUCUUGGGAUUAUGAAUCCUUAUUCUCGAUCUGUUCCAAUUUGUGAGAUUUCUUAUGUCCUUAAAAGUGAUGGCAGGGUGAUAUUGUCCGGUAACAUGCCAGACCCUGGGUCAAUAGCAGGAAAGGAGACGACGAAGCUGAAUGUGGAAAUGAAGGUACCACAUAGCAUUAUUAAGAGCUUAGUGAGGGAUAUUUGCAGGGAUUGGGACAUUGAUUACGAGCUCAAUGUAGGUCUUAUUAUCGAUCUCCCUAUUAUUGGCAACUUUACAAUUCCCCUUUCUUCUAAGGGAGAGAUCAAACUUCCAUCCAUCAAAGACUUCUUUCGCGGAGGAGGAGAUGACUGAGGAUUACAAGAAAUGAAUUUGUUUUCUUUAUGUUUGAAUGGAUGAGGAACCACAUUGUUCUUUAAUUUAGUGCCUUACUUUCAUUAAUAAUUAAAAAUACGUCGCCUGGUCGAACGCGGGACGAAAUUUCAGUCUGGUCAA